AUGGCCACCCUCGCCGCACCAAAAAUUGCUGCUGCUGCUGCUGCUGCAGCAGCACCCGGUGGCGCUGCUGCUUCCCAAAAGCCCUGCUGGCAGCACGACGAGAAGCAGCAAGAUGUGCGGCGCCAGAACAUAGCAGCAGCAAGAGCUGUCAGCGACGCCAUUCGCACCAGCUUGGGCCCCCGAGGAAUGGACAAAAUGAUUCAAGACGCCCGCGGGGGCGUUCUGAUAACGAACGACGGCGCGACGAUCUUGGAGCAAAUUUCGGUGAUGCAUCCGGUGGCCAAAAUGGUGAAUGGAAAGCGAAAUAAAAUUUGCAUGCGCGUGUGA